AAAACGAAAAUCAAAACAAGACCUCAGAACUCAGAAAAUCCAACUUUAAGCAAAUUUCUAACCAGAACAACACAAAUUCGCCUUGAAAAUGAGUCGCAGAAAGAAAAUAAAGGUGGAAAAUAAAGAACUAGACGAUAAACUUAACCACGCAGACGAAGAACAUGCAACAGAGCCCGCGGACAAACAUAAGGGUGCUGCUGCUGACAAAAAAGUAAAUUCUAGCGCCAGUUCUUCAAAAGCUACGAAGAAGGAAUCGAAGAAAGAAGAAGUGAAAAAAGAAGAGGAAAAGAAAAAAGAACCCGACCCCGAGUCAGAAUUGGAUGAUCCGGUUAUUAAAGACUUGUUUUCGGGGUUGGAAGGCGCCGCGUUUCAGAGUCGGAUGCCAUUCGAUAAAAUGACAUCGACUGAAGCGGCUUGUUUUCCUGACAUAGCUCAAGCGCCAUUGCAGUCUAUUAAAGUGUAUUUGAAUGUACGGAAUCGUAUUUUGCAAAUGUGGUUGGAUAAUCCAAAGCAGCAGCUUAUUCUGGACGAUGUAAUGGAGAAGAUGGAAGUUCCAUACAAUAGUGACGCGACAUUAGUUAAACGCGCACACGCUUUUUUGGAGAGGAAUGGAUAUAUUAAUUUCGGUGUUUUUAAAAGGCUGAAGCCCUUACCAGCAAAGAAAUUUGGAAAAGUGAUCGUAAUAGGGGCUGGAAUUGCUGGGUUAGCAGCUGCACAGCAAUUGCAACAGUUCGGAUUGGAAGUUAUAGUUUUGGAAGCCCGCGAUCGAGUUGGAGGGAGAAUUGCAACAUUCAGAAAGGGGAAUUAUAUUGCUGAUUUGGGGGCUAUGGUGGUCACGGGGUUAGGUGGUAAUCCUGUCACAACAUUGAGUAAACAAAUAGAUAUGGAAUUACACCGCAUUCGACAAAAAUGUCCAUUGUAUCAAUCUAGUGGUGUAACAGUUGAUAAAGAUAAGGAUGAAAUGGUGGAAAGAGAGUUUAAUCGACUUUUGGAAGCUACAUCUUAUUUGUCACAUCAGCUAGAUUUUAACUAUGCUGGUAAUAAACCUGUGAGCUUAGGUCAAGCCUUAGAAUGGGUGAUUAAACUUCAAGAAAAACAUGUUAGGGAGAAACAGAUUCAACAUUUAAAAUCUGUUAUAACAUUACAAGAGAAAUUAAAAACAAAUCAAAAACUCCUGGUAGGGAUUAAGGAGCAUAUGCUUGAAACUAAUGCAAAAAUCAAAGAACUAUCAGGUAUAGAUAAAAGAGAUGUUCAGCUAGAAUUUGCUUAUAGAAGUGCGGUCAGAGAUUUGCAUGCUUAUGCCAAAAAGUGGGAUCAACUGCAAGAACAAGCAAAGGAAAUUGAAGGGAAGCUGAAGGACUUGGAAGCCUCCCCACCUAGUGAUGUAUACUUGUCAUCAAAGGAUCGCCAAAUUCUGGACUGGCAUUUCGCAAAUUUGGAAUUUGCAAAUGCAACUCCCCUUUCCAAUUUGUCGCUGAAGCACUGGGAUCAGGAUGACGAUUUUGAAUUUACAGGGAACCAUCUAACAGUUCGCAACGGCUAUUCGUGUGUUCCUGUGGCUUUGGCCGACGGUUUGGACAUCAAACUCAAUGCCGCAGUCAAGAAGGUCGAAUACAACAAAAACGGAGUGGAAGUCACCGUGUACAACCCCAGGAUCCCUCACACGGUCAAUACAUAUCACGCGGAUGUCGUACUGUGCACUCUUCCAUUGGGAGUCUUAAAAUUAUGCGCUUCGCCAAAUUCUUCACAAUUGAACACCGUCCAGUUCGUGCCACCGCUGCCGGAUUGGAAGACCUCGGCUAUUCAGAGACUGGGAUUCGGAAACUUGAAUAAGGUCGUUUUGUGUUUUGAGAGAAUAUUUUGGAAUCCGCAGGCGAAUUUGUUCGGACAUGUGGGCAGCACCACCGCCAGUAGGGGAGAGUUGUUUCUCUUCUGGAAUCUCUACAAGGCUCCGGUGCUUCUGGCGCUGGUGGCGGGCGAAGCCGCUGCCAUUAUGGAAAAUGUCACCGACGACGUUAUUGUUGGAAGAUGCAUCGCCGUCCUACGAGGAAUUUUCGGACAAUCCGGGGUACCCCAACCUAAAGAAACGGUCGUCACUCGAUGGAGAGCUGAUCCGUGGUCAAGAGGAUCGUACAGUUUUGUGGCUGUCGGUAGUUCCGGAAGCGAUUACGAUUUAUUGGCAUCACCCGUGAUUCCGCCGAGUAGCCAGGGAGUAUCGGUCACAUCGGGCCCCGCCAGGGUCUUCUUUGCAGGGGAGCACACAAUUAGAAACUACCCCGCGACUGUCCAUGGAGCUUUUUUGAGCGGUCUUAGAGAGGCAAGCAGAAUCGCCGAUCAAAUUAUUGGAAACCCGUGCCUUCCUCAACCCACGGAAUGAGGGGAAUGAGGAUCGUGUAGAGUAGGAUAAUUCUAAAUUUAGUUUAGGUUUGAUUCGGGACGAUAAACCGAGCUUCAUUUUUUUAACAACGUGUCGUGAAUUUUUAACACGUUGAGGGACGCAAAAUAUUAAUUUUCCGAUAAUAUUCGGUUCAUCGUCCACUUAAUUUAGCGUGUGUGUGUGAAGAAAGAAAAAGGUAAAGGUGGCGUAAAUUGCCGGAAUAAUUAUAUCCACACAUUUUUUUGGUGUUUUGAACGAAUUUAUAGAUCUUUGUUGAUAGCCGAAAUUGGCGUGAGCGAUGUUAAUAAUAAGUUACUAGUAUGGUGAACAUAAUUUAUUUGCUUUACUACUAUAACGUAAAGUGUAUGCGUAAGAUAAUUCUAAAAGUGCCCUAUAAAUCUGACAUAAUUGCAGUCUGUAGUAUCGUUGCAUAAAAAGUAUUAAAUAUUGUAAGGUUGUAAGUUGUAAGAUAAAUUUCUUCUGUAUUUUAUGCACAAUUAUGUGCUUGUACCACGUCACGUAAAUUAUAGCAAAAGUAUUCCACUGUUAUAAUACCCUAUUCGUAAAAAAGAAAGUAAGUACAGUUCCAGGUAAAGAAGGAUGAUUAACCAGAACUAAAGCGAAACAGAUCACGAACGACUGCAGCGGAGUGCCAUAGAAGUGAAAUUCCUGUUUGGACUAGGAAACAACUUAGACUCUAAAUGAUAGAAGCAAUUUAUUCUAAAAUUAAACCUUUACCUUAUCCACUUUUACAAGCUUUUGAUUUAUUAUUUUAUAGCCAAUUUAUUCAUUUAGUUGAUAUUAACGACGUUAAUGUAAGUUUCGUUUUAUAGCGUAGUUAGUAAUAUCGCCAUCACUAAAAUGUCAUAACGCGUUCUAAUUACAUGCUCUACAUAGUAAGCCAACAAAUUGUAACGUGAUAUACUUAAGUAAAAUUGUUAGUUAAGUAGGUAGCUUGUAAGAUGGAAAUCAAACAUUUACACUUUCGUUUCACAACUGGCAGCUUGUUCAGCGUGCGUUCUUAUCAGUUCGUUGAAUGUUUGGUUUCUUUUUAAUUUUUUGAUAUUGUAAUGAAGUAACGGUUCCGAAAAUAAAUCGCAAAUGACAAGCAA